UUACCCAUGUUAGGCAUAGAUAGGCCUCCCUAUCUACCCUAAUUUCUUUGUUUGGUUGCCAUGUUAGCUAUCUACCUGACCCGGUUCUUCCAUCCCAGAACCCGACUCACGCGAAGAUAUGGGAUGCCAAAACAGAGAUAACUCUGUCUCUGGUGAAACAUGCGAUAGGGAUGAAGAAACGCAUUGAAGCUUUCGCAUUUCACCCAAUUGACUUGAAUACCCCUUGAUUUACUCCAUCUCCAUCUACUUUACUCCACAAUCAACCACCAAUUGCUCUUGUUGUUGUCAAUUGCCGGUGUUGUUUACGCCCUGGUUAAUUACGAUUCCGAUAAAUCUGCGCUUCUCGAGUUCAAGGCCUCAAUUUCAGACCCCUACAGAGUGCUUAGCAGCUGGGGUUCCAACAAUCCGAAUCACUGCUCAUGGGCCGGCGUUUCGUGCGGGCCGGGUUCGCGGGUCGCUGCGCUGAAUAUAACCGGCGGAGGUGCUUUGCUCUCUCAAUUUAGUGGGUUGAGGAAAUUGAAAGUUCUUAACUUGGGAUUCAAUAAAAUCUUUGGAGGGAUGCCGAGCUCUUUGUCAAAUUGUACGGGCCUUCAAGUUCUGAGUUUAGCUGGGAAUCAGUUGAAUAGAUCAAUUCCGGGGUUUGUGGGCGGGUUUAUGGAUUUAAGCGGGCUUCACUUGUCGUUUAAUCUGCUUAGUGGAUCUAUUCCAGUUGAGAUUGGUGAUAAUUGUGGGAAGAUGGAGCAUUUGGAGCUCUCCGGGAAUUACUUGACUGGUGGUAUUCCAAGAGAAAUUGCUAAAUGCAGUGGGCUAAAGACCCUUCUCUUGUACUCUAAUCUGUUGGAGGAGGUUCUUCCUAGUGAGCUUGGUCAGUUGAGUCAGCUUCAAGUGAUGGAUGUUUCGAGGAACAAUUUUGGGGGCCCGAUUCCACCUCAGAUUAGUAACUGUACAAGUCUUUCAAUCCUUGUAUUGGCAAACUCAUGGAAUCCUCUUCCAAAUGUUUCGAUUUUAGGUGGUAGUUAUUCGAUGGAGAAGCUGGCAUUGCCUGUUGAUUAGUACAAUUUGUACGAGGGUACACUCCCUGAUGAAACAAAGGCCACACAAGAUAUUGUCAUUCAUGGGAUUGAUUGUAUUUGUUGUAGUUUACUUGUAGAAUUCAUAAACUGGUGGAACAACUUGCUGAUUUUGAUGGACAUGUGUUGGUCCAAAUCCAAUCCAAAUAUAGCACUCGCUUUGCUGUUGUGUAUCAAUAAAUGAACUUUGUUUCA